AUGAAAACCAAACUUAAAAGGAGUUAGAAAAAUUGAAGAAGAAGAAAUUAAAAAAGAAAAAUAACAAGAAGUGGUCCUGAAUUGCCAAACUUGCACAAGCCACCGAGGCAGCAUCAGUGUCAUCAACCUCUGAUCCGACAGAGUUUGUCAAAACAGUGAAGGCUGCCUAGUAUUCAACAAAUUUGAUUUAGGAGAACUAUCUUAUCCCUCACCCAUUCUGAACAAGACCACUUUAGAUUCAAAAGUGGCAACAAUAAAAAAAAAACUCAAAGCCAAAGUGAAAAUCUUGGAUGGCCACACUGAAGUUGAAUGCGAGAAGUAUUGAAGAGAAACAGGCGUCAAAAGGUGCUCUGCAAAAAGCAGAAGGUUUUCAGGUGAAAAACAAUGUGGAAUUGCUUGCUAAAUCUAUUAAGAAACAAGAUGAAAUCAAAUCAAAUUGUAAAAGAAGUUGGCUGAACGCAUCGAAGAAUAGGACAAGAGAAAGGAAUAACAACAGAAAACGAGAAAAGCAAACACUAAGAAAAAGAAAACUGAAAAUAAAGAACAUAAACCGAAUGAACACCUCACACUUAACAGGGAAAAAGCUGGAAUUGUCUGAUAAGACAACGAAAAUCAAACUUAAACGGAAGUUAGAGGGAAUGAACAAGAAAUUAAAAAGGAAAAGUAAGAAGAAGAGGUCCUGAAUUGCCAAACAUGCUCGAGCCACCAAGGUAGCAUCUGUGUCAUCAACCUCUGGUCUUUCAGAGUUUGUUAAAACAGAAAUUCCUGAAGCAAGACUAGCAAGUACACUGGCAACACCAAUUUUUAACAGUGGAGGCUGCCUAGUUUCCGGCAAAUUUGACUUUGGAGAACUAUCUAAUUCCUCACCCAUUCUGAAUAAGACCACUUUAGAUCCAGAAGUGGCAACGAUUAAAAUGAAAGAAAAUAAAACUUAAACCAAAAAUGAAAAUCUUGGUAGGCCAAGCUGAAGUUGAAAAUGCAAGAAGUAUUGAAGA